ACAGCUGGCUGUCAGCAACGGAGCAGCGAGGAGCCGAGCGAGCAGCAAGCCAGGAUGAGGGGAGAGAUGACGUGAAAGUUUAAGAAGACGGGAAGGAAAACAAGAGGAGAAGAGCUCGCGGUCGGGGAACAGAAGUCCCAAAGCAGAGAGCCCUUGGAAACAGCAGAGAGUGCAGACAAGCUGAAAAACAUUUGCUUCCUCACAGGUAGACUGGAGACUGCACCACCACCAUCAGACUUUGUCCCUGAUGUAAUUCAGACCAAGAGGCAAGAACAGAAAACACAAAACACUUCACCUCUGCCUCCUCCACCAUCUCUUGGAAUGGAAACAAAAUUGAAAACCCCCUGAAACAGAAUCCUGCAGCACUAAGGAUAAAGCAGCCGUUUCUGGAGCAGCUCACUUGGGCAUAAAGCCUGGAGAGGUUGUGACAGAAUGUCUUCUGAAGGCUUUCUGAAGGAAGUUCAAGCCAUUGGUGAGAAGUUUCUCCUUAAGCUCCAGAGACUGCCCAAGGCUGACCCAGUGGAGAUUGUCAGCUUUUCUGUGGUUCUUCUGUUUAUUGUUACUGUGCUGGUGCUCAUGAUCAUUGCCUGCAGUUGCUGCUGCUACAGCUGCUGUGGCUGUGAUGGACGCCCUGACGCCAGGCACAGGAAGAGUCAAGUCCGCCCAGCUGCCCGUUCAUGAGGUGACACAAUCGAGGACACGCAUGGACACCGUGAUUCAGUGCUAUGGGAAUGACUUUCCACACUAGCCCACUGAAAAUGGCAAUAACAAUAUUCAUUAACAUGACUCAAAGGACCAGAAAUCACAGCCUGGAAUUCCUUCUGUCUGUGACAACCACUACUGUGACCAGAAAGGUAAAGCUCCUUUACCAUCACUGUCUCCCUCUCCUAGGCUGGGAUGAGGUGGGAGGGCAUGGACACAGAUUGCUGAGAAAAGAGACAGCUUUCCCAAAUUCAGCCCUGCAGCUGGGCCAGCUGAGGAUCCCUCUGGGACACAGAGCCACGGAGCAAAGCAGAGGCCACGCACACAGCCACACACAGGGCACUGCCUGCUCUCCUCACCACAACAACGGUACUGGGCAUUAGCAACACCCACUGACACCACCGGGAGGUCCAAUUGCUCAGGUCGUCGUGGAUCAAGGCCAAACCUGCUGCAGGAGGCAUGUUUAACCGAGAUAUCUGCUGACAACAACAAAUGGUGGACCUUCUGAUCCAGAUGUGCCAGCUGAGGCUCUAAGUACAGCUGGUAACAACUGCCCCUGUGUCAUUUCAUUGGUGAUACAAUGAUGGGAAAUUGCCAAAGAAAAAGCCAGAUCAUGUGGAAUACUAUUUGUAAACAGAAAGAUGAAGGCAAAAGGGAAAAACUCACCAAUCCUAUGGCUUAUUUUGAUCAUUCUCUACUCAACAUGCUCCCUCUCCACCCCGUGGUUCUACUCUUCUGCUUAUUGCAGAUGAAUGGUUCUUGCAGAGCAUGGGAGCUCCAGGAGAUGAACAAAUCCCAGUCCUUACUGGAGGGAUCUGUGUGCCUGACUCCCUGCACUAUGUGCAGUUUAUUUUAGUAGACAUGAACAUGAUGCCAGGGGUGUGUUUAUGAGCAUGCAGAGGCAUUUCAGAGGAGCAGCACAUGAUGGGAGCCAUCACUUCAGGGUAUGUGUGCAGCAGCUGACAGCAGGCACAGUGACAGAACAGAGCCAAGAAUGGGCUGUUGGGCUGGAGUCAACAAGUGCAAAGAAAUCCCUUUUCCAUGCUGCAGCCACUGGGUAUGUUUGGUUUACACUCUGGUGAACUUCCGAAAGGGAUUUAUGGAUGUGGCACAGGCCACAACUGCACAACUGGCACAGCACGAAAAGGCCACAAUUGUGCACUGAGCUCUGAACCAGUGCUGUUUCAGCCCCAAAUGGAAGACCAACCACUUUUGUGAGAAGAUAUAAAAAAAUGACAUGCAUAUAGAGGAGACAUCUUCUGCCUCUGUAUCCCAACUAAGUAUAUGUACCAAAGCCAAUGUCCAGCUAGGGAGAACAGAAUCAUCAAGCUUUUAACAGUGGACUUUAAAAUACUCUUUACACUUCAGAAGGUACAGAAAAUAAAGAAAACUCUGUAAAGAAAUGUAUUUUCUCUGUUGCCUGCACCCAUAUUAGUAAAAGGCACAUUACAUCAGCUUCUUAUGUAUUUAAUGCACUUUAUUUUUUUGCCAACAAACCGGAUCUAGGUAUUUGAUAUUUUUGUACUGCUGCACAUUGGAAUAUAUCUGCAGCCAGAGACAUAGUAAAUAGUCUAAGAAUGAUAAAAUAAAAUUCCUGAAACUA